AUGUUGGGUCGGUCCUCAUUUUCCAGAACUGGAAGCUUUAGGCCUGAGAAUUUGGGCCCAAAUGCCCUUGCCUUGAUUGGAAACCUUUGCUUCACGUUUUUUGUGCUCGGAGUGUUGAUCUUCACCAUUAUUGCCGCCACCUAUGAACCUGAAGACCCUUUGUUUCACCCAUCAACCAAGAUCACCACUUUCCUAACAUCCAAAUCCAAUGCCACUUUCAAAUCCGAUGACACUGUGGUCAGGACUGGUGAGAAUUUCAUGGCUCCCAAUCAAACUGAAUUUGCAACCUUUAUCAAUAUGACUGAUGUUGUUAACUUAAGCGAGGGUGAUAACACGAUCAGUGACGCUUCUGGGGCCGCAUCUUCUAGCUGUGAGGGUCCCAUAGAUUGCCGGGACCCGGAAGUGUUCCAUUUGUUGAUGAGGGCCACCAUUGAAAAAUUUAAGGAUAUUCAUUUUUACCGGUUUGGGAAACCUGCGCAGGGUUCGGAUGAUAACAGUUGUGAUAUGGCUUGGCGGUUUAGGCCUAAGGAAGGGAAGACUGCUUCCUUUUACAAGGAUUACAGGAGGUUUACUAUUUUGAAGUCUGAAAAUUGUACUCUUAGUGUUGGUGACAUUGGAGAGUACCAUACUGGAGUAAAUGCCAGGAAGAGGAAGAAGAAUCAGAAGCCUGGGUUUGAGAAGAAUGGGAAGAAGGAGGUGAAUUCUUUGCCAGUUGUGGGGGAGAUUGUGAAUGAUACCCUUCCGGUGGUUGAGUCUGAAGGUUCAUUUAGUCGUGGGAAGUACUUAGUUUACAUGGGUGGUGGAGAUAGGUGCAAGAGCAUGAACCAUUACUUGUGGAGUUUCUUGUGUGCUUUAGGUGAAGCGCAAUACCUGAACCGAACUUUGGUCAUGGAAUUGAAUAUUUGUCUGUCUUCAAUGUACACUUCGUCGAAUCAAGAUGAGGAAGGGAAGGAUUUCAGGUUUUACUUUGACUUUGAGCAUUUAAGAGAGUCUGCAUCUGUAUUAGACGCAAAGCAGUUCUGGUCAGAUUGGGAGAAAUGGCAGAAGAAAGAUGGGUUGAAUCUUCAUCUUGUGGAGGAUUUUAGGGUCACACCUAUGAAACUUAAUGACGUCAAGGAUGCUUUGAUUAUGAGAAAGUUCGGGUCCGUGGAGCCAGACAAUUAUUGGUAUAGGGUGUGUGAAGGGGAAACGGAGUCUGUUGUUCAACGACCAUGGCAUUUGAUAUGGAAAUCGAGAAGGUUAAUGGAUAUAGUGUCUGCAAUCUCAUCAAAAUUGAACUGGGAUUAUGAUUCUGUGCAUAUUGAAAGAGGAGAGAAGGCACAUAACAAGGAGCUUUGGCCUAAUCUUGAUGCAGAUACUUCACCUAAUGCACUUCUCUCAACCCUGCAGGACAAAAUUGAAGAUGGAAGGAACCUCUACAUUGCAACAAACGAACCAGAUACAUCUUUCUUUGACCCUUUGAAGGACAAGUAUACCACUCAUUUCCUUGACGAGUACAAGGAUCUUUGGGAUGAAAACAGUGAGUGGUACUUCGACACAACAAAGCUUAACAAUGGAGUUCCAGUUGAAUUUGAUGGUUACAUGAGAGUGUCAGUUGAUACAGAGGUGUUCUUGAGAGGGAAAAAACAGAUAGAAACAUUCAAUGAUCUCACCAAUGAUUGCAAGGAUGGCAUCAACACCUGCAGCACUGCGACCAGUUAA